AUGGAGAAAGCUCAGGUGUUGGAUGAGAUGAACCCCAGGUUUGAGAAGGAUACGGCUUAUGUCAAAGAAUGUCUUAAAACUACUAUGGAGGCUUUUGACAAUUAUAAGAAGGGCUAUGAAUCCAUGAUGGACACUCUGGAAAAUGAAAAUGCUAAGAUCAAGGAAUCCAUCAAGAUGGUUGUUAAAACUAGUCGUGGAGUGAUUGGUUCCACUGUGGAAAUCUUUAAGAAUAUGAUUAGCAGCUUUGAAGAGCAGUUCCAGCUGAAGGAAGUGGUGGAUGUGGAAGCUAAUAUUGAACAUGAUACUUCUUCGGGACCCAACAAAAGGACCAGAGAUACAUUGAAGAGAAAGGAACUUUUAUUGACGGUUCUGUACAUAUAUUUGACUGGCUUUAAUGAGAAUACUGUAAAUAUUGACGGGAAUGUGUUCAGAAAAACAAUUAUAUAUCAUUUGCCGCCAGUGGUUUCAUUUGACGGCUUGCCUGACUUGAAAACAUUCAACGUCUUUCUGGAGAUUGGAAAUAUUGUGGAUCGCCCCCUGUUCUUCACAUCAAAAAAAAAUCUUCAUAACUACAAAGAUCAAACAGCCUUUGGCCUGUCAAAUAUUUGGCUUGGUGUGGGCAUGCAUCUUGCUACUGACGUUUUCAUUCCGGAGGAUUAUGCGAAAAGUCGCUACUCGAGAAAAAUGUGCUCCAAGCAACAGCACAGCAAUUCUACAAAUCUCACAGAUGCCUGCAGCACGAAUGGCUCGUUUUCACAAAAGAAUGAAAAUCCCCCAAAUAUCAGCGGCAAUUUCAACAAAGAGGAAAUACUUUUUUCUUGUUUUACUCCAUGAUUGAGCUUUUCUUCAGAAUAUGAGGGGCCGAGUUCUGUUUACGAUGAGAACUCCUUUUUGGUCCUGCGCUUUUCUUUCAUGCCGAUCUUUCGUAUUAUCUGAUUUUAUCGAAUUUAUACAAAUAUUUUGCAGGAUUUUCGCAUUAUGGGGGAAAAAUCUACUGGCUUGAAUUGUAUCUCUUAAUAUCAAAACAAUGGUUUUUCAAUCAUUUCGGUUAUUCCUGUUUUACUAUCUUGAUUUACAUUUUAUUGCUUGCGCAAUCUAUUCAGCUCUCUAAUCUAUUUCCAGGCAUAAAUAAUUUUCUUAGA